AUGCGUACCAAAGAAUUCCUUGCCGUUGCUGGCAGUCUCGGCCUAGCUGGAGCGCAAGCUCCACCCGUGUCGACACUCUCCACAACAAUGAGUGGCGUUCUGCCAUACCUCCCAGUAUCCACAGGCUUCACGGGAGUCGAGACAAUAGAGGGAGCAAUCGUCUAUGAUGGUCCUAUUGUUGAUGGUUUCACCGGACCCGGUGGAAACGCGACGAUUCAGACCAAUAAUCCUGCAGCCACGUACAUGGCUACGCUACCCAUGACCCAAUUCGACGAUGCUACCUCGACGACAAUAAUGGGAACGGUAACCGGCAUGGCGAACUCUAACGGCACUGGCGUUAUGUUCUACAUCGACUUCAGCGGCUUCCCCGCUGAAUCUGAGUAUGGACCUUUCGUCUACCAUAUUCACAACAUGCCCGUACCAGCUGACGGGAACUGCACCGCGACUCUCGGACACUUGGACCCAACUGACCGCGGAGAGUACCACCCAUGCGAGGACACUCAGCCAGAGACAUGUCAGGCCGGUGACCUUGCAGGGAAGCAUGGAAACAUCACAAGCUCCACCUUCAAUUCCAGCUACCUUGAGCUUUACCUUUCCACGACCCCAGGAUCGCCUUAUUUCUUCGGAGACAAAAGUGUGGUUAUCCAUACUAGCAAUACGACUCGGCUGACUUGCGCAAAUUUCGCCAUGGUCUCGUCAACAUCAGCAAAUAGCACCAGUACCAUGAGUGGAACGGCAACGUCAACUUCAGCGCCAGCAACGUACACUGGUGCGGCCGACAAGAUCGUGGGAUCAGGCGUACUCGGACUCAUCUUUGCUGCACUUGGAGCCGUAAUUUUAUGA